AUGGCCCACCAUCUCGAUGCCCAUGCUCGUCCGCCUGAAGACCUCCGUCGCCAGUACAAGCACUACCAAAAGGCCUCCACCCACGUAUUAGAUGCAGACCCUGACCUGUUUGACAUUCACCGGCGCAAUUUGUCCGCCUGUCAAGACCGCAAUUUCUUUCAACAAGGUCCUGAUGAUAUCACCAACCUCUACUCUCACUUCCUUGGCGAGCCUGUCGAUACAUUGCCGCCGUCACUUCAAUCUGCUAGACUCUACGAACACCCAGAUGCCCCAGGCCUAGAAGGUAGCAAAGGUCUUGCGAUCCGCCUACGGUCUGGGGAUGCGCUUGUCAUGUCUGGUCCAGCUCGCCAAAGCAGCUGGUCGACGCAAGCCACGACGAAAGAGCUUCCUAGAGAUCAUCUCGAAGCUUCGCACUCGAGCCAACCAUCUUCUCUGAACACCACACAAGACAGCUCAAUCAUGACUUCAACAAUCGAUUCCUCCCUUCCCNCACUAAAGCCCGUCUACUCGCCAAAAGACAGCUCAGCCCCGCGCGACGAAUCACCACAAUUAGCCAAACUCAUCUCCACCCUCAACCUCCAACAGCACAUAGAAGGAGGCUAUUUUGUCGAAACCGACCGCGACACCAACCGCGUACCAAACCCCUUCCUCAACACCUCGCCCUCAGCAUCAGACAAUGAGCAAACAACCUUCUACACCUCCACCGGCGCCGUAAGCGCAAACCUCAGCAACAAGCUCACAGAUGCGGACAAGAAGACCACAAGUCCAGACGAAGGUCAAGACAAGACGAGAAAUGCAAGCACCAGUAUCCAUUACCUCUUGACUCCCGAGUCGCCGAUGGGGGCUUUCCACCGCAACAGAGGACGAACAAUCCAUACACUGCACAGAGGAAGGGGCCGCUACGUCAUCAUUCACGCCGACGAGGUCAUGCCCGAAUACGACUCGCAUUCAGGCGUACGAUCAAAGGCAAGAGUGGAGACAUUCAUCGUUGGCCAGAAUGUGGAAAAGGGCGAGAAGCUGCAGUGGAUUGUCGAUGGUGGAAAAUACAAGAGUAGCUUUUUGCUGCCGCUGGAGGGUGACGAUCCCGCCAACAAUGGGNGUUUGCUGAUUAGUGAGACGGUUGUUCCUGGCUUCGAGUACAGUGAUCAUGACUUUAUGAGGAUCGAAAGACUGGAAGCCUUGGUCACCAAGGAGCAGGCAGAUGAGAUGAGGUGGAUGCUGAGAAAGGACGACAAGCCAGUUUGA